AUGUCCUUAGAUAAAAACGUGGAACCAGAGGAAUAUGGUGAACUAGUACAAUCGAUAGAGCAAUCACAUAAAGAUGGAAGGAACAACGAGCUUCAAGAAAAAGUCCUAAAAAAGUGCCUUGCUUAUUUAUUCCAAAACUGUAAAGAACGUCAUUGGUUCUGUGAUAGAUAUAUGUUCCCUAUGGCAACACAUGCACUAAUACUUUUUUCAUUUCCUGAUAACGAUGUACUACAAAAAGUAAAGACACAGAUGUCAUCAAGUUUCGAUGAAUGCGAAAAUUGUAUACGCUGCUUUAAUCUAAGUAAAUCUAAAAUCAAGGAGAGCUUUGCUUUAAUCAGACAAAUUCCAUACAGACAGGUAAACCAAUUUUUGAGUGUUAUUAUUAGAUGGGAAUCUCGGAGAUUACUAUCCAUUAUUACUGAACAUUUGAAUUCUUUGGAUAACGAUGCUUCUCAUGAGAUAGAUAUAAGAUUUGCCCAUGCAAUUACGGAGUGUUUAAUGGGUCCAAUAGUUUUAAGAGAAAACGAGGCUCUCAAACAUACUUUCACGAAAGCUGUCAAGAAAUUGACGUCGAUCGGUAAUCUUCCCACCCCUUUAAACCUUCUUCCCGGCACAAUAUAUCUAGCUUUUGAAGGAACCUCAGAGGAGUCAAAUUUGGCAAAAAAUUGGAUAAAGACAUUGAAGGAAAAUGGCGUGAUAUACAACUGUAAGAGUUUUGAUCAAACUGUGGUCGAUGAAUUCAGUAUCCAUUUAUAUAGAAUUCAAGAUGCAAAAUUCUACUCAAUUGAGUUUUGUCUUAAGUUUUGGGAAAUAUUUCUAUCCGUGUUUGAAUUGAUCGAAAAUGAAGCUUUUUUGGAAAAACUCAACGAGCCCAAGGACAUAGAAGUUAUGAGUAAGUUUAUGGAUAUAAGAUUCUAUUCCAUAGUUCGUGUUUUUUUGAACAAUAUUAUGGCCUACUUGAAUGAACCAUUGCCUCUUCUCAUAAAAACUUUAGGAACUUUCCUUGAGAGAUUUAAGAGUGAAUUUUGGAAUUAUACUACGCCCUAUAAUUACAUGAACGUUUUGGACACAAUUCUACCAAAUCCUUAUUUAUCAAAAUAUUUUUCGAGCUUACCUCUCGAGCGACAGGGCGAAAAUACCGUUUGUUUCGAGGAUACUUUAUCUUGGAUGUUACUUUUAACUAGUUCUUUGUCUGGUUCCCAGCAACAAGUUGCAACUGUUCGCUUGGGGACUUAUCUCUUUGAUAAAGGUACUGAGAUAGUGAGGGCCUCCAGCUCUUCUAGUUCCGAUGUGCGCGCGGAUGAUAUGUAUAAUUUGGCAUGCAAAUUAAUGUCUUAUUGUAUUAAUUUAGAUGGAGAAGCUCUGAGUUUCAAGGAUCAAAAGUAUUCUAUUUCUUUACUUAGUAGAAGGGAUGGAAGAGCAGCUAUCGAUAAGCAUUCCACUACAAUUAUUGGUCUUAGUCAAAGGAGUUUUACGAGCCUGUUUGAUCCUAGAAAAGCAUUGAAUUUAAUCGUGAAAUCACUUAGCUACGACAUUUUAUUUCUUGCUCACAAUUCUGCUGUCAUAUUAGAGAAUAAACUUCCCAUAACAUUUGAAAAUUUCCCUGAAACUUGGAACAAUGUACUUAAGAGCUCAGUUUUUACUAACGGCAAUUUAGUAAAAGCAAUUCUUCAGUCCUUUGAAUAUGUCUGUUGUGCUAUAAGCUUCUCAACUACAAAGGUGACAGACAUGGACAAAUUAUUUAUAGAGGCACGAAGGAAACAUAGUUUGAACACUCUAUCAGUAUGCAAUUCGAUUUCAAGUUUUCUCGAGAAACUAAGCUUGAAUGAUCCUGAACUUUUGAAAGCCAUAUUCUGUGACUUUAAAUCCCUGACUGCAUUCUGGUCCUGUUUACUAUCUCCUCCUAUUAACCAAGCUGCUCUGAGUGUAUUGUAUGAGGUUUUUGAUGUUGGGGUUGGAGGGCGCUUGGAGGCCCUCAAGGCACUUUUAAAGGAUUAUCUUGAUGCUACGGUGAUUUCGAUUAAUUCAAACCUUCAUAUGCUUACUUCUCUUGCGGCGUUUGAACCAUGUCCAAAAUGCUUGAGAAUAUUGAUGGAUGUAAUCAACUCUUUGGUUGAUCCGAUCGAUGGUAUUUUAAUAGUUGAAGCAUCUAGUUCAUUGGACUACAGUCUAAUUGAGGAGUUAUGGAAUUCAUGCUGGACUUUUUUGACAAUGGUUUAUAAAAAAACGUUAACUUGGGCAGGAAAUUAUCAUUUAGAAGAAUUGAUUGAAUUUACGAGAGAUACAUUAGAUUUAAGCCGUCUAUUGCUUGAUUCAUAUCACAUUAUCAUUAAUGACCCUUCAAGAUAUAAUUCUUCGUUUAAAAUUUUCAUGAAUACCUUCAAUUACAUGAUUGUAUGGCUUCGGUUGGGAGAUACUGCUUUAUUGAACUCUUGUGUAGAGCUAGUCCUAAAAGGUUUCGAAUUGGCAGAUGAUUUAAAUUUUUCAGUUAGCAAGGAUUUCAUAAGUUCUUUAGCGAAAUAUGGAUUUCGAGCAAAAAAGUAUAACAACAGAUUAUCUGAGCAACAAAGGAUUCUAUUGCUCUCAAGAGCCAGAGAAUACGAUGAACAUUUGGUAGAGCAAAUUUCUAUAGAAGUACUGAAACUGAAAGAAAAAAAGGUUGAGGAUCAAAAGACGAUAAAUGAAUAUAAAUCUACAGCAAAUAGAAAUUUAGUGACACCGAAUAAAGGUUUCAAGCAGCACGGUUUGGAUAAAUUUGGUGUUAUUAGUUCAACGCCUCCGGUCGCACCACCGCCUGUGAAACAUGAAUUCAAAUCAUCUAGCCUUGAAGCUAUCAGAAAAGAACUCAAACUGUCGAGGACACCGAAUAAACCUAACAAUAGUCCUUCAAUGGCCCCACCAGCACCACCUCGUGCCGCUGGGUUUAACACCAAAAAGCUUGUAUCAGUGGGUAGGUCCCUCAAUUCUCUAAAGAAAAAGAGGGAUGAUUCUGAUAGCUCUGAAGGUGAGGAAGAUGUGGAUGUUUCCGAUUUGUUUGUUGACAAAAAAAAGCCUAAGCCGAAGGUGAUUGAGGUUGAUUAUAAUGGUAAACCACUUUUAAGAUCUAAUGGUUUUAAAGCAACUCAGAAACGAAAGGAGGACUACAUGAGAUUAAGAUUAACGGUUAAUCUAAAACCACUUUAUACCACAGUGCUCAAGUGGAACUAUCAUUUAGAUGGGGAUUAUCCCGAAGGCAGUGUUGGCGACUACAAAGUAAUAAAAGACUCAUAUACAGACUCGAAAGAUUAUAUAAGGGUUACUGAACCAUUACUUUUACUAGAGUGUUGGCAAGGUAUUCAAUCAGCUAAACAAACGGGACUGGAAGAAGCUUUCGAGAUUCUCAUCGGUAAUCGAGCAAGUGUUGAUGGUUUCUUCGACGUUUAUGGCUCGGUAAAAAAAGCAGAGCUAAAUAAUGUGAAGCUUGGUGAUUCAGAUUUGAUAGUACUUGGCUAUUUUGAUAAUCAUCCACCGAAGCAGGAGAUUCCACAUUUAUUGAAAAGGAAAAGUACAACUACAUGCUUAGCAAAGAUUAGAGAAAUAAAGUCAGCAAACGCCGACUUUUGUGAUAUUACUUUAAGAGUUUUUCCAAUGGGUUCCAUGAUGGCGAUACUCACCCCAAGGUCUGUUGUUUUUGGAAUGCGUGUAAUGCUGAUGGUAACAGUUGAAAGAGAAUUCUCGUCCCUUAAAGGCUUGGAGUACUAUGACCUCAAAGAUGCAAUUCUACGAGGAGAACCAAAUAAGCCAAAAGAAAUAAAUGAGUCUGACGCUACUAACAUGAUGAAGAUGUUUGAAAUGAAUAAGUCGCAAGUUGAGGCGAUUCUUGGCUCUUACAAUCUGGAGGGCUUUUCCCUUAUCCAAGGGCCACCUGGAACUGGAAAAACGAAAACUAUAUUAGGUAUAGUCGGUUACUCUUUGUCUCGCAAGACUCUGGCUAAUACUAUCAGUGGAGAAAAAGACUCUGCACAAUCUUUUGAUGCUCGUUCCAAAAUUCUAGUUUGUGCACCGAGUAAUGCUGCAGUUGAUGAACUCGUUUUACGUUUGAAAGAUGGGGUCAAAACAAACACAGGAAGAAUAUGUUUUCCCAACAUUGUUAGAUUGGGUAGAAGCGAUGCUAUAAACUCUUCUGUUAAAGAUUUGACACUUGAGGAAUUAGUCGAUAAGCAGCUACAAACAAAAGCUCUCGAUGUUACAAUUGAUUCUUCUAUAAGGGCAGAGCAUUCUAGGUGUAUCUCUAGAAGAGAUGCUUUAAAAAGUGAGCUUCGGAGUGAAGGGUUGUCAGAUGAAAAAAUUGCGGAGAUCGAAACUGAACUAAGAGAAACUAACAAGAAGAGGCAUGAACUCGCAAGAAAACUAGACGAGCAGAGAGAACGUGUGUCUAUUGCAUUUAGAAGUAAAGAGAUUGAAAGAAAAAAUACCCAGGCAAGAAUCUUGGCCAACGCCAACGUUCUCUGCUCUACUCUUUCUGGAUCAGCCCACGAUGUAAUAGCCAAUUUAAUGGUUGAAUUUGAUCAGGUUAUCAUAGAUGAGGCAUGUCAAUGUGUUGAAUUGUCAUCUAUAAUUCCAUUACGAUAUGGAUGCAAGAAAUGUAUUUUGGUUGGCGACCCUAAUCAAUUACCACCUACUGUCUUAUCACAGGCAGCAGCAUCUUACAAUUACGAACAGAGUUUAUUCGUAAGAAUGCAAAAGAACUUUCCGGAUUGCUGUUAUCUUUUAAAUGUUCAGUAUCGUAUGCACCCAGAUAUAUCUUCUUUCCCAAGUCGCGAGUUUUACAAAUCGAAGUUGUUGGAUGGAGAUGGUAUGUUGCAAAAAAAUACUAGACCCUGGCAUGAUAUAUUCCCUUUACAACCUUACAUGUUUUUUGACAUCGUAGGUAAGCACGAGAAAAACGAAUUGUCUCGGUCGUUGUUCAAUAGAAACGAGGCUAAAGUUGCAUUGGAGGUCGUUGAAAAAUUGAACACAAUCCUUCCGGAUCAUGAUCUUGGUGGUAAUAUCGGUAUUAUAUCUCCUUACAAGGAACAGGUCAGAACUCUCAAAUCUGUUUUCAAAUCAAAGUAUGGUCAUUCAAUAUUCUCAGAAAUUGAUUUCAAUACCGUUGAUGGUUUUCAAGGUCAAGAAAAAGAAAUUAUUAUCAUUUCAUGUGUACGAGCAAGCGAAACUGGAAACGUUGGAUUCUUAAGCGACAUUCGUCGUAUGAACGUUGCUCUUACUCGUGCAAGAACAUCUCUUUGGAUAUUAGGAAAUGCGAAAUCGCUACUGAGAAACACUGUAUGGAAAGAACUACUAGACGAUGCCAAGUUGAGAAAUUCCAUUACAGAAGCAUAUCCUGGAUUUUUAAGAAAUUCGUCGCAGAAUAAUCGCUAUAAAAGGAUUUCCAAGAUUGAUGAACCUUCAGUGAAGAGAAUAAAAUCAGAUCACGAGUAUUCUCCACUGUCCUCGAAUCAUGAAAAAGUACUAGAUUCGUCUAACGAACAAGAAUCUGGCGUCAAUCUGUCUAUUCUGGAAGAUAUAGGAUUGACUGAAGGGUUUCAAUUCAUAAGUAAAGACCCCAAAUCGAACGGAAAUUCAAAAAUGGCUCCACCUAAAUCAGAACUACUUCUACAAGAUGCGAACACGUCGAAUACCCCCAAACCCACAUCGUCAGGUGUAAUAAUGCCGCAGCCAAAAGGCAAAAAAAUAAGCUCUGGAAUAUUCAUUCCGCAAAAAGUUAAACAUUCAAAAAGAAAAUAA